AUAGGAGGCCCCGCCCUUUCCUGGUCAUGUGACUCUGAUGUCACAGUCUCCCCGGUCGCAGCUGCGUUGUACUUCGGAUUGUGGACGGUGGGAAGAAGAGAGGAGACAGCACGAUGUCCCGAGGCUCCAUAGAGAUCCCGCUCCGGGACACGGACGAGGUCAUCGAGCUCGACUUCGACCAGUUACCGGAGGGGGAUGAGGUGAUCAGUAUCCUGAAGCAGGAGCACACGCAGCUGCACAUAUGGAUCGCCUUAGCGCUGGAGUAUUACAAACAGGGGAAGACAGAAGAUUUUGUGAAGCUGCUGGAGGCGGCUCGGAUAGAUGGCAACCUGGACUACCGGGACCACGAGAAGGACCAGAUGACCUGCCUUGACACCCUGGCCGCUUACUAUGUGCAGCAGGCCCGGAAAGAGAAGAACAAGGACAGCAAGAAGGAGCUGAUCACCCAGGCCACCCUGCUCUACACUAUGGCCGACAAGAUCAUCAUGUACGACCAGAACCACUUGCUGGGCCGAGCCUGCUUCUGCCUGCUGGAGGGAGACAAGAUGGAUCAGGCCGACGCACAGUUUCACUUUGUUCUCAACCAGUCGCCCAAUAACAUUCCUGCUUUGCUCGGGAAGGCUUGUAUCUCCUUCAACAAGAAGGAUUACAGAGGAGCCCUGGCCUAUUAUAAGAAGGCUCUGAGGACCAACCCCGGCUGCCCAGCCGGGGUCCGGUUAGGGAUGGGUCACUGUUUUGUGAAGCUCAACAAGCUGGAUAAAGCUCGCUUGGCCUUCGGACGUGCGCUGGACCUGAACCCCAAAUGUGUCGGGGCCCUGGUGGGUUUGGCUGUUCUGGAACUCAACAACAAGGAGGCGGAUUCCAUCAAAAAUGGGGUCCAGCUCCUGUCCAAAGCCUACACCAUCGACCCCAGCAACCCCAUGGUGCUCAAUCACCUGGCCAAUCACUUCUUCUUCAAGAAGGAUUACAGUAAGGUUCAGCAUUUGGCUCUCCAUGCGUUUCACAACACCGAGGUGGAGGCCAUGCAGGCGGAGAGCUGCUACCAGCUGGCCCGGUCGUUCCAUGUACAGGAGGAUUACGAUCAGGCCUUCCAGUAUUACUACCAGGCCACGCAGUUUGCCGCCGCCUCCUUCGUGCUGCCGUUUUUCGGUCUGGGGCAGAUGUAUAUCUACAGAGGGGACAAGGAGAAUGCCGCUCAGUGCUUCGAGAAAGUCCUCAAGGCUUAUCCCAACAACUACGAGACCAUGAAGAUCCUGGGGUCCCUGUAUGCCGCCUCCGAGGACCAGGAGAAGAGGGACAUCGCAAAGAGUCAUCUGAAGAAGGUCACAGAGCAGUACCCGGAUGAUGUGGAGGCCUGGAUCGAACUGGCGCAGAUCUUGGAGCAGACGGAUAUUCAGAAUGCACUCUCCGCCUACGGCACAGCCACACGGAUCCUGCAGGAAAAGGUGCAGGCGGACGUCCCCCCGGAGAUCCUGAAUAACGUUGGGGCUCUUCACUACCGCCUGGGCAACCUUGGGGAAGCAAAGAAAUAUUUCUUGGCUUCCCUGGAUCGCGCUAAAGCAGAAGCCGAACACGACGAACAUUACUACAGCGCCAUUUCCGUCACCACAAACUACAACCUGGCCAGACUGUACGAGGCGCUGUGCGAAUUCCACGAAUCCGAGAAACUGUACAAGAACAUCCUGAGGGAACAUCCCAACUAUGUAGACUGUUACUUGCGUCUUGGAGCGAUGGCCAGAGACAAGGGGAAUUUCUAUGAAGCUUCUGAUUGGUUUAAAGAGGCUCUUCAGAUUAACCAGGAUCACCCGGAUGCUUGGUCCUUGAUCGGAAACCUCCAUUUGGCCAAGCAGGAGUGGGGCCCCGGCCAGAAGAAGUUUGAGAGGAUCCUGAAGCAGCCGUCCACCCAGAACGACACCUACUCCAUGUUGGCGCUGGGCAACGUGUGGCUGCAGACGCUGCACCAACCCACCCGAGACCGGGAGAAGGAAAAGCGUCACCAGGAUCGCGCUCUGGCCAUCUAUAAGCAGGUGCUCCGGAACGACUCCAAGAACCUGUAUGCAGCAAAUGGCAUCGGGGCCGUAUUGGCGCACAAGGGUUACGUGCGAGAAGCCCGCGACGUCUUCGCCCAGGUCAGAGAGGCGACUGCGGAGAUCAGCGACGUGUGGCUCAACCUGGCCCAUAUCUAUGUGGAGCAGAAGCAAUACAUCAGCGCAGUUCAGAUGUACGAAAACUGUCUGCGCAAGUUCUACAAGCACCAGAACACGGAGGUUCUCCUCUACCUGGCCCGAGCCCUGUUCAAGUGUGGGAAGCUGCAGGAGUGUAAGCAGAUCCUGCUGAAGGCCCGUCAUGUGACCCCCAAUGACACCGUUCUCAUGUUUAACGUGGCCUUGGUGCUGCAGAGACUCGCCACCUCCGUGCUGAAAGACGAGAAGAGUAACCUGAAGGAAGUGCUGAACGCCGUCAAAGAGCUGGAGCUGGCGCAUCGAUAUUUCAAUUAUUUGAGUAAAGUUGGAGACAAGAUGAGAUUUGAUUUGGCUCUUGCGGCUUCUGAGGCCCGGCAAUGCUCCGAUCUUUUGAGUCAGGCUCAGUAUCACGUGGCUCGAGCCCGUAAGCAGGACGAGGAGGAGAAGGAGCUGCGCGCCAAACAGGAGCAGGAGAAGGAGCUGCUGCGCCAGAAGCUGAUGAAGGAACAGGAAGAGAAGCGUCUGAAGGAGGUGGAGGAGCAGAAGAAGCUUCUGGAGCAGAGAGCGCAGUACGUGGAGAAGACCAAGAACAUCUUACAGUUCACUGGGGAAAUGGAGACUCCUAAAGAGAAGAAGCGCGGCGGAGGACGGAGAUCCAAAAAGAACGGGGAGUUCGAGGAGUUCGUCAAUGACGACUCUGAUGAGGACCUGCCCUCCAAGAAGAAGAGAAAGAGGAAGGGCGGGAGCAGCAGCGGAGGAGAGGACGGAGGAGACGACAACGAGGGUGAGAAGAAGACCAAAAAGAGGAGGAGGAGGCCGCAGAAGUCCGGUGAAGGAGGAUCAGAUGAUGACGACGAUCGUCCUCGUGGUAAAAAGAGACCACCCAAGAGGAAGGAGAGGCCGGCUAAAGUUGAGAGAACUCCGCCCUCCAUGAAGGGAAAGAUCAAGUCAAAAGCCAUGAUCUCCUCCAGCGAUGACUCUUCAGACGAGGACAAGCUCAAAAUUGCCGAUGAAGGAAACGCCCGAAACAGCAACAGCGACUCGGACGGCGGCAACUCCCAACCUUCCAAGAAGCGUAUAAUGUCCGACAGCGACUCUGACGGCGGAAACAAAUCCGGAAGCGAUGCCGGCAGCGGCCAAAGAUCGCAGCAGUCCGGCGACGAUUCCGAUGACAACGCCACCUGGGCCCGCAAGAGACGGCGAGCCGAUUCCGGAUCCGACAACGAAUCGGUCCGGUCGAGGCGAAGCGGAUCCGGCGGAUCAGAUAACGAGUCGCGCGCCGCUUCCCGAAGUCCGGAGUCCAAUCGAGACCAAGAGUCCGGCAACGAGGGAUCGGCCAGAGGAAACGAGUCCGAAGCGGAAGCGUCCAACAACGAGAAGUCCGAGCGCGAAGGAUCCGAUGACGACAGCGACUAAAAUGUGGAAACUUUAUUGUAAUAUAUUUAAUGUAAAUAAAAAAAAUGAAAAAAACAAAUACAUGUAAAAAAAAAAAGAAAAAAUUUGAAUUUUUGAAAACUACCGAAUCUGGGGCAGAAAUUUUCUUGAAGUUUCAGCAGUAAAUUUGACUCUGACCCUUUGGCGAUUUGUAAUAUCCCAGUGUUAUUACGUCUGACUGUUAUUUCAGCAGUUUUUUUUUGUUUUGUUUUUUUUACGUGCUGCCUCAGGUUUUUUUUUUUUUUUUUUCCGAAAGUAAUUUUUUUUUGUUUUUUAAGCGCAACUACAUCUCUGAACUCUGCUUUACCAGUUUAGUCCUGAUAUAAUGUUAAGUAGCCUUGCAAAAAAAAAAUUUCAAUUUCUUUUAUUUUUUCAAAAUUUUUGUCUUCUCCAAUCACAUCCAAAGCUGCAUUUACACUAAAGUUGGAGAACCUCUCUGCUGCCCCCUGCUGGAGCAGUGUUGGUAUAGGAGAAUGCUUUUCAGUGCAUUAACAACCUGGAUCUGGGCCUUUUUGCUGAAUUAUUGUUGCAGGUUUGGAUGUGACUGGAGUAUAAAUUAUAGUGGUCCUCAUGGUGUCCGUAGAUUGACUCCCCAAGACAGUACAGCAGUGUUUCCCAUCCAGUGCACCUCCA